AUGUACGUGUUACUGUGUUUUGCUCUUCCCUUGCUGGUCCAGUCUUAUCAUAUUAAUCAGAAUUUCUUCCCGGUGGACUGUCAGGAUAUUUUCACUAAUGGCUCCAUCCACAGUGGUGUUUACACCAUCUACCCCUUAGGACCCAAGAGAGCAUUACAGGUCUACUGUGAUAUGGGCUGUCCUGAUGACAAAAGCAACGAGGACGGGAAAUGGACUGUCAUUCAGAGGAGAAUAGACGGCACUGUGAAUUUCUACCGACCAUGGGACAUGUACAAGCUUGGCUUUGGAGACAGAAAUGGCGAAUAUUGGCUAGGUCUUGAGAAUAUAUUUCUCAUCACUUGGAGGGAGAAGCACGAGCUGAGGGUGGACAUGGGGGAUUUUGAGCGUGCUAAAGUCUACGCAAGAUACUCAUCUUUCUACAUUGAUUCUGAGUCGGAGAAGUACAUGCUUCACGUCACUGGAUUCAUCAACGGAGGGGCAGGAGAUGCUUUGGCGUAUCACAAUGGAAAACAGUUCGCAACUUUCGACAAAGACAUUAACAACUGUGCAAAGACAUAUGAAGGAGGAUUUUGGUUUGACAGCAGCCUCCACACCAACCCCAACGGUGUGUACAAAUGGGGAACCGUGGUAGCUGCAUAUACAGGAAUCCCCUGGUACCAGUGGAAAGGUUCCUACUAUUCACUAAAGUUUAUAGAGAUGAAGUGUGUUUUUGCCAGAAUUUGA